AUGGCUAAGAGACAGUUUUGUGGUGUAUGGGUUUGGAUUAAGGUGCAUCGAUUUUUUAUGGGGUUGUGUCAGCACCUCCAUUAUUUCUGGAGUGUCAUUGUGAAGGAUUUUUUUGUCAAGAAGGAGGAAGAACAAGUCCCUUCAGAUGAUGCUAUCUUUCACAAGGAAAAAAUUGUGGUACUUGGGCAAAUGUUGAAGGAUAAAUCUCUACCCAUUGAAAAGAGAGCUCAGGCUGCCCAGAGAAUUGGACUGUUGGCCUUCACAGGAGGACCAACUGCUGGAAAUUUUGCAGCCGAAUACAUGCAAGAAGUAUCUCACUUGUUGCAAAAUUAUGAAGUGGCACCAAAAAUAAAGAUCCUGCUGCUCCAGGGUAUAGCUUGUUGGUGCUACUUAGACCCUGAGAGCCAGACAAGAGCCAAACAUCUGCAGUUUAUUCCCAUUCUCCUUAGUUUUUUGGAAAGUAGAUCUGAGUCUACUAUCAAGGGUGAAAUAAACAGCAACCUCCUCCUGCAGUUUUGGACUUGUUACGUGCUCUCUAUCAUGACGUGCAAUAAUGUGUCUAUCAUCAAGGAGCUUAGAGGCCACAGUACUCUAAAAGAUAAUUUACUAAUGUUGGCUCCAGAGAAUUGGUCUGGAUGGCCAGAGAAUUUUGCAGAGGUACUGUUUUUCCUGCUUGGUUUUCACAGGAGUUAG